AUGACGAGAUACACCAAGUUAGACGGGAGGCGAUCGCUUGCCAAAAAGACCGUGGACUCGGACAGCGAGCCCGAUGUUCCUCCUGUUGAGCUCGAGGUGCAGCCAUCUGUGCUGGAGUCUACACUCGAAACGCCUUCCGCCGACCAAAAGAACAAGCAAAUGAAGGACAAGAAGGACAAGAAGGACAAGAAGGACAAGAAGGACAAGAAGGACAAGAAGGGCAAGAAGGACAAGAGUGAUAACGACGCUGGCGACGAAGCUGCCGACCCCGCCGAUGUCAAGCAGGAAGCACAGCCCACAGAACCGGUCGCAUCGACGUCUGCAUCCGCCUCCGUCGAUCCUGCACCAGCUGCGCAAACCGCGACAGCAGCAACAGUUACUGCAGAUACCGAGCCACCAACGGUAGAAAAGCUACUCAAGCGCGCCAAGCUGCUCAAACUCAAGGCGAAGAAAGCCAAGAACGAGGAAAGCAAGAAACGAUUCCAACGCAUGACGCGCGAUGUGGAGCGUCAAGUGGAAGAGAUGUUCGGCUCAUUCGAAUACGGACCCAAAGGCCAAUUGAUUCGUCUGGGAGCACCGCAAACGGAUACCAUGUGGCAAUCACGACACAAAGGCCAAGAUUGGUCGGCGACUGCUUCUUCGCACGGUGGUGAUGGUGGAUGGGGAGCGCGUGCUGGUGGACAUUCCAACGGUGCUGGAGGAUAUUCUCAGAACGACAACUACAAGAGCAGCAGCAAUGGCUCUCACUGGGGCAAGACAGAUGAAGAGAAAAGGAUGGAUCGACGAGAUGCAAGACGCGAGGAGCGCGCCGAGCAGCGACAAUCGAAACUAAAGUGUUUCGCCUGUCGCGGCAUGGGUCAUUCUGCCAAAGACUGCCCUAAUGCCCUGGAUGCACAAUCGAUCUCUCUCAAGGCCGAUACUGCACCUAGUGAUUCGCCCAUGAUUGGACGUGACGCUGUGGGCAUCUGCUUCCGCUGCGGAUCCACCGAACAUACUCUCUCGAAAUGUCGCAAACCGGCGCUCAAGAACGACGCGCUCCCGUACGCCACCUGCUUCAUCUGCCACUCAAAAGGCCAUCUUUCGUCCAAAUGCCCGAACAAUGCUGGACGCGGUGUCUACCCGGAAGGUGGAUCGUGUAAGCUCUGUUCAAGUGUAGAGCACCUCGCCAAAGACUGCCCGUUGGCCAUACGAAACGAAGGAAAGAGUCACAAGGCGGACAAGGAGGCGAAAUCAUUGGUCAACCAGGUCAUCGUCGGCAGCACAAAGAAUGCAACGAAUGGCGGAGACGAGGACGAGUUCCAUAGCUUUGCCAGGAAGAGGGCCCAAGUGGAUAGCGAGGCCAAAGCGGACAAGAGAGAGGCCAAGAAGCUAAAGAAGGACGUCAAGGUGGUCUCUUUCUGA